GAUAACCAAGGACUCUUUUUUGCUCUUCCCACACCUUUGAAGUGGGAGCCUCUUGAGUCAAAUCAGCAAGAAUUCGGCUCUUGCAGCGGAGGGUCUGGGGGGCUGUUGGGGCUGCCCAAGGCAGAGGGGCUGUGACAAGCCCUGUGGGAUGAUAACUUUAAAAGGGCAUCUCCUGCUGGCUUCUCACUCAGCUGCUUUAUCGCUGCAAGUGACAGAAUGGGGAGGGUUCUGUCUCUCCUGCGUGCUUGAAGAGUGGGGAGGACUAUAAAAAGAGGAGGCGCUGGGCAGUUCGGAGACAGGGACGGACGUAGGCCAAGAGAGGGGAAACAGAGGGGAACCAGAGGGGAGAGACAGCAGCAAGCAGUGGAUCGCUCCUUGACUACACCAGCAUGGGCUCCUUCUCCACUGUCACCGUGAGCUUCCUCCUCUUCCUGGCAUUCCAGCUUCCAGGUCAGACCAGAGCUAACCCCGUGUACAAUGCCGUGUCCAAUGCAGACCUGAUGGAUUUCAAGAAUUUGCUGGACCAUUUGGAAGAAAAGAUGCCUUUAGAAGAUGAGGUCGUGCCCCCACAAGUGCUCAGUGAGCAGAACGAAGAAGCAGGGGCUGCCCUCAGCCCCCUCCCUGAGGUACCUCCCUGGACUGGGGAUGUCAGCCCAGCCCAGAGAGAUGGGGGUGCCCUCGGGCGGGUCCCCUGGGACUCCUCCGAUCGAUCUGCUCUCCUAAAAAGCAAGCUGAGGGCUUUGCUUGCUGCCCCGCGGAGCCUGCGGAGAUCCAGCUGCUUUGGGGGCAGGAUGGACAGAAUUGGAGCCCAGAGCGGACUGGGUUGUAACAGCUUCCGGUACCGAAGAUAACAGCCAGGGAGGACAAGACGGCAAGAGACUCUUGUCCCCUGGGGUCUCUCCUGCAACUUCGUGUCAUCUCAUUGCCCUGGAGUUGUGAUCAUCCCAUCCAAGCUGCAGCUUCCUGUCAACACUUCUCAUAUUUUAUGCUAACUGUAGAUGAAGUGGUUUGAUUGUGGCUUCCUCGCCUCUCCCACACCAUGCAUUAAAUUUUAAGGUAUAACCUCACCUAUUACUGAAAGUGGUUUGGAAGUGAAUAAAUUUCAGCACCAUGGACAGAAGACA